AUGAAACUUUUGUGGUCACCGCCAAACUACGCUAAUCAACGUUGCAAUGUAGACCAUUACUUCAAGAGAGACUUAAGUAGACCGAACACCGUUUCCGGAUAUAAGAGACUGGCGCGUUUUGUUUACGUUUCUUUAUUAUCUUCUAUUAUCAUUCCACAGAUGCAGUCUGAUAUUCAAGGUCUUAUUUCCAAAUUGACAAACCAGGUUAAUGAAGGCAAUCGUGCUGCUUGUAAAAAAUGUGGUUAUGCUGGUCACCUGACAUUCCAGUGUCGAAACUUCAUCAAAGCUGAUCCACGUAAAGAUGUGUUGCUGGAUGUUAGCAGUACAAGCUCAGAAUCCAGUGAUGAUAUUCAGGAGUUCGUUUCACCACUUGUCCAGCUUAGGCAGUUGGAACAGGAAAAGAAGAGUAGCAAGAAAAAACAUAUGAAAAAUAAGAAAUCUAAGAAAAGUAAAAAGAAAAAAAAAAAGUUACUAUCACCGUCUUUGAAGAAGAGUCAUCAGAAAAGGAAAGCAGAUCACUUGUCUGACUCAGAAUGCUCAUCUCGUAGGGACAUGCCGAAACAUAAGCGAAAGAAAAAAAAGCAUCGAAAAGAUCAGGAGAAAUGUGAUAAAAGAAUGGAUGGCUCCAAGAAAAUGGCAAAGUCAAUGGAAGAAAGACAGCAUUCUCCAUCAAGGAAGUAUACCUAUGGUAAGAGUAGUAAUUCUAUGUCAGACACCACUGAUGUAGAUAUUUCUUCUGAGUCUGAAAGUGAACAGGAAGGUACUUGGUAUAAGCAACGUAACAUUGAGAUGGGUGCUGAGAAGAUACACCGCAGUCAGGAAAGGGACAGUUCUCCAUUAGUCCUGAAUCAGAAGUCUUCUCAACGGCAAAAGCAUGUAAAAAGAACUGAAAAUUAUAAGAAUAAACCUCACCAAGAAAGACAAUCAACUCUCUCUGAGAAACAUCAUCAAUGAUUCUGAUAUAUGAUCAGAAUUAUUGUCAGAAUCAUUAUGAUUUUGAUACUGUUAAGCAUCAAACACACAAUUUUGAUGCAGCUCAGGGGCAGAAACACAGCAACAACAGCUACAAAGUAGAUAAGUAUAUAAGAAAAGCUUGUAAGUUAAAGCAUCAGAGCUCCUGUAGGAAGCAACACCAUGAGAAAUUUGGGUCAGACAUUGAUCAGCAUAGGCUGUACCUAUCUGAUGCUGCAAUACUGCAUCAAUUUGACGAUUCUUCAUCAACCCAUCAUAAAAUGUGGAAAUGCAAAAGAUGUUACAGCUAAUAUUCCAAAUAAAAGAUACAUAAUCUCAUUAUGUCUUCAAAACAUUGGUCAUCAGAUAGUUUUUGUAGGAGAAAUACUUCUUUCAUAAACUCAUAUUUUAUAAUGACAUAUUAGUUAAUAAAAACAUUAUUUGUUUUUUGCAA